GCACUAAUGCAACUUAAUGCAACAGUAUUUAACAGCAACUCAGACCUCUUGGACACUACCAUCAUAAUCAGCUACCAAGAGAAGCAACACAAGUGUUGAAACAACAGAAGCAUGAAUUUGGAGGUGGCCAAACCCGAAGGAAAGACUGGGAACAAAGCUCCCCUCAGAGCCACGGCCCCCGGCUCCCCAUGCAAGUCUGCACCCAAGUUCAAACAGAGGAACACGCGGCAGUUCAAGAGCAAGCCUCCCAAAAGAGGAGUGAUUGGCUUUGGAGAGGAGAUCCCAGGAAUGGAAGGUCUUGGAACUGACAUCACUGUAAUCUGCCCAUGGGAGGCUUACAGCCAUCUAGAGCUACAUGAGCUUGCCCAGUAUGGCAUCAUCUGAUUAUCUCUGCUGUGAAGUUGUUUUUAAAUAAAUGUGGCAAAUUUUAAAUUUCAGUAUUUAGUUUCAAUAAUCUGGAUCGUCAGUACUGGCUGGAAAGGUGUCUUUAUAUGUCUGCAUACUGUGAAUGUUGUUUUUUGUCUUACAUAUUUUUUAUUGUAAAUCUAAUUUCAUAAUGAUCUCAAGCUGCCAUGUUCACAAAACGUGUAUCUCGAAUGUGUUCUCGCGUCAUUGCUUGAGUCUGUGGUUUUAGCUAGAACUCUGUUAGCUUGGUUCCUGCACAAUCGUCAGCACUGUCUUUAUCAUAUUUAAUCAAACUCUUGAAUAAAU